UUUUCUAUUUUAGUGGCUGAUGUCUUCACCCCACAUCUCCGGAGAUGCGUCAGACGUGUAUGGAUUUCUAGUUUGAGAGAAGGUCACCAGGAAACUUUACAUUCUGACCACUAGGAAACUAUACAUUCUGACCACCAGGGAACUCUACAUUCUGAUCACCAGUAAACUCUACAUUCUGAUCACCAGUAAGCUCUACAUUGUGAACACCAGGAAACUAUACAUUCUGAUCGUCAGGAAACUAUACAUUCUGAUCACCAGUAAACUAUACAUUUUGAUGACCAGAAAACUAUACAUUCUGAUCACCAGGAAAUUAUACAUUCUGAUCACCAGUAAACUAUACAUUCUGAUCACCAGUAAACUAUACAUUCUGAUCACCAGUAAACUAUACAUUCUGAUCACCAGUAAACUACAUUGUGAACACCAGGAAACUAUACAUUCUGAUCGUCAGGAAACUAUAUAUUCUGAUCACCAGGAAACUAUACAUUCUGACCACCAGUAAACUAUACAUUUUCAUUACCAGAAAACUAUACAAUCUGAUCACCAGGAAAUUAUACAUUCUGAUCUUUACUGGUAAAAAAGUAAGACGGGGUUGCAAAACGUGAACUGAAAACCUCCAUCUGAAAAUCAGUAUGUCAUUAGCUGCUGUUACAACUAUAAAAUGUGAAGUCUGCUCAAAGUUUUGUAGAAGUAAAUCUGAGUUAGAAACGCACAUGCGUGUCCAUACUGGUGAGAAACCUUUCAAAUGUGAUAUGUGCACAAAAUGUUUUAAACAAAGUUGCAGUUUGAAAACUCACAAAAUGCUUCAUACUGGUGAGAAACCUUUUAAAUGUAUUGUGUGCAAAAAAUGUUUUGCAGGCGAAAGAACCUUAAAAAACCACAUGUUUAUUCAUACUGGUGAGAAACCUUUCAAAUGUGAUAUGUGCACAAAAUGUUUUACAAAAAGUUCCGGUUUGAAAACUCACACAAUGCUUCAUACUGGUGAGAAACCUUUCAAAUGUGAUAUGUGCACAAAAUGUUUUAGACUAAAUUCCCUUUUGAAAACUCACAAAAUUGUUCAUACUGGUGAGAAACCUUUUAAAUGUGAUAUGUGCACAAAAUGUUUUAAAGAAAGUUCCAGUUUCAAAGCUCACUUAAUUCGUCAUAACGGUAAAAAGCCAUUCAAAUGUGAUAUGUGCCCAAAAUGUUUUUCACACCGUUCCAGUUUGAAAUAUCACAAAAUGCUUCAUACUGGUGAGAAACCUUUCAAAUGUGAUAUGUGCACAAAAUGUUUUAGACUGAAUUCCAAUUUGAAAACUCACUUAAUUCUUCAUACUGGUGAGAAACCUUUCAUUUGUGGAGUGUGUGCAAAAUGUUUUACAAACAAAAGUGCCUUAAAACGCCAUAUAUUGAUUCAUACUGGUGAGAAACCUUUCAAAUGUGAUAUGUGCACAAAAUGUUUUAGACUGAGUUCCUGUUUGAAAGAUCAUAAAAUGUUUCAUUAUGGUGAGAAACCUUUCAUUUGUGGAGUGUGUGCAAAAUGUUUUACAAACAAAAAAGUCAUAAAACGCCAUAUAUUGAUUCAUACUGGUAAGAAACCAUUCAAAUGAAAUUUCCUCAAAAUGUGUUACACAGAAUUCCAC